AUGGACAAAUAUUGGGGAAAUAAUUUGGGUGUGGUAAAUGCCUGUCUACCUCUGGCUCUUCUGUCCGUGUUCGUUGCUGUGUGUCAUGCCGCGAUUUGCCCGGAAAAGCAGUACCUCAAUUCUAAACUACAAAUAUGCAUGAACUGUACGGACUGCAAGGACGGUUCUGUUGUGUUAAGGCCCUGCGAGUUGCACAGAGACACCCAUUGCGGUCCUCUAAGUGCUAUUAGUGACCUGUUAGAUAGUAGUAAUAGUAAUCAUAGGCAUCGACAUGAGAAAUUCAGAUCCGACAAACAGAAAACCAAAGGAGUUGUCGAAUGGAGGUAUGGUGAAGAUGUGGAUGAGGAUGGAUCUUCACGCUUGGAAGUACCCGAAGCGAUGGAAGUUUCCAGCUCAGAGGCGCCAUUUUCUAGAGCGGAGAAGCUCGUGUGGGAUUGGCAGGCGAUCGCGUUGACAUCAGCAGUGUUCGCGUGCAUCAUGUUUUUUCUCGUUGUCACGAUGUAUUCGUUGUACCAAGCUAAGCAGUGGAGAAGGCUCAAAGAAAAUUUCGAAGCUG